CACAGGGACCACAGCCACAACAGCAGCAACAACGGCCCCAAGAGUCAAACGAAGUAUGUCACUGACAAUAGACCAAACAUUUGACCUUGAGCUCACCGAUCCAAACACUGCAAAGUUCAAAGAAUUAAAGUCCAUUUUUGAGAAAAUAAUUGAAGACAGUUAUAAAGAUGUAACUGGCUACAAGAAGAAUUCAGCGACUGUAACCAGGUUCAGGUCUGGCAGUGUAAUUGCAGACUUCACUAUAGAAACAGCUAGUGAUCAAAUUGAUUUGGCACCAGCUAACAACAAACUCAUAACCAAUCUCAACAACAAUGGAUAUAAAGUAAAUAGUAUUGCUCGAAGUGUGGAGAAUGGCCUAUACAGCGGAGGCACAAUAUAUCCUGAAACAUAUAUGAUAAUGAACUGUCAACCUGAACAAGGUUUUAACCAGAUAGUAUGGACCAAGGAUGGGACUGUCAUUGGCAAAAAUGAUGUAAUUGAUGAUGCUCAGCACACACUCACUUUAAAAAGUGCAAAGCCUACAGACAGUGGUACAUAUGCAUGCAGUACGACUGUGAAUUCAGUGCCCUAUAUCAUCUGGCAAAAAAUAACAGUUCAGCCAUAUCCAAAUAUCCAAAAAUAUGAUUACGUUGUGCCAUGUGACAGCAGGACAGUCACAGUGCAGUGUUGUGCUGAGAGCAGCUAUACCCUAGAAUGGAAAGAAUCUGCAGAUUGUCCUGAAACAGGUACAGGAUGCAUCUCCUGCAAAUAUGCAAUCAACACAAACAAUUGUCCAACUACUAACAAUCCAGUAGAAUUUAAAUGUCAACUCAGCUUAAAGCAGUUAAGUAAUUUCAGUUACAGCUCAAAGACCGUCCAGAUAACAACAUCCACUGAUAAGAAUCCCGAUUGCAAUGACUCAACAUUUGGACCUGGAAAUGUGAACGAUGUGAGGUAUGCUCCCUGUCCUGAAGGCAUGGCUGGUAAUAAAAUAGGUACAUGUAAAACACGAGGAGGACCUUGGAGUGUAGUAGAUAACUGUGUCCUGCGCAUCAUUCAGGAUCUGAAAUUACAAGCUGAGCAUUUAGACCCAUUUGAAAUCCCACAGUUUGUGGCUAAUCUCAGCACUGUUGCUGCGAGCAAUGCUCCUAAUAUAACAAACUCUACUGCGACUGUAUUAACGAUUGUUGACUUGCUGAAAACCAUUGCAAGUCUUUCACAAACAGUUGCACUUAACCAGACGACCAUGGAGGAAUUCCUAAAAACACUGGAAACCAUUGGAUCAAACGAUACAACAUGGGAUACACUGAACAGCAACGAUGCAACUAAGAAUGCGAGCUCUGAACUUCUGAAGUCUGUUGAGUCUAUCGGAGGGAGACUCUUGAAUCGAAGCUUGGAGAUAAAUACUCCAAGCAUCCAACUUAAAAAAAAUAAUUUUAGUAACUCUUUUAAUGGAACAUUUGGUCAAAAUCUAACAACACAAAUAGAGAUCCCAGGGGUGGCGAAAAAUGAAUUCACUUUUAUCACCAUCAUAGUUUUUGAAGCUCUCGACAAUAUUUUGCCUGUUCGAAAUGCAACCAGCAAUGGAAGCAGUAUAGCUGGUGUCGUCGUCAAUGGAAAUGUGGCUGCAGUAAUUUUGAACAAUACAGUUCAGAACAUCUCUCUUAACUUUGACUUAAAUCAGACGUCAUUGGGAAACCCUCAGUGUGUCUUUUGGAACUUCAGUCUUUUGGAUGGGAUUGGAGGAUGGGAUUCAACUGGAUGUAAAGUACAGCCUAUAGUCAACCAAACUGGCAAAUUUAAGUGUGAAUGCGACCACGCAACCCCAUUCUCAAUCCUGAUGUCUCCUUUUUUUUUGGAUAAUCCUGCUUUAGCCUACAUCACAUAUAUUGGUGUUGGCAUUUCAAUGGGCAGCUUGAUUUUGUGCCUCAUCAUAGAGGGCAUUAUUUGGAAGACAAUGACCAGGAAUGACACAUCCUACAUGCGCCACGUCUCCAUAGUCAACAUCGCUCUGUCCCUCCUGAUUGCAAAUAUAUGUUUCAUCAUUGGAGCAGCUAUUGUUAAAGAAGGAGGGAAGACACCAGUGGGUCCCUGCAGUACAGCAACAUUCUUCAUUCACUUCUUUUAUCUUGCUCUCUUCUUCUGGAUGUUGCUUUCAGCACUCUUGCUGCUCUACCGGACUGUUAUGGUGUUCUCUGGCAUGUCCAAGUGCAAGAUGAUGGCCAUAGCGUUUACUGUUGGUUAUGGGGCCCCGUUACUCAUAGCUGUCAUCACUGUGGCAGUAACAGCUGGAGGUGGAGGAUACAUCCAGGAGGAGAACGCCUGUUGGCUGAACUGGUUCAAAACUAAGGCCCUCCUGGCGUUUGUGAUUCCUGCUCUGACUAUUGUAGCUGUAAACCUCCUGGUGCUUGUUGUGGUGUUAUACAAGAUGUUAAGGAGGGGAGUUGGUGCUGCCACUCAACCAGAUGAGAAACAUGCCUUAGUGGUGAUUGCCAGAUGUGUGGCCAUUUUAACACCUUUCUUUGGUCUGACCUGGGGAUUCGGCAUUGGGACCAUGGUGUCAUCUGCUUUAGGAGUUCACAUUGUGUUUGCAAUCCUUAAUUCACUGCAGGGUUUCUUCAUUUUGGUAUUUGGAACAUUGCUGGAUAGUAAGAUUCGUGAGGCACUGGCAGGAAAGUUGUCACUGGUGACCCGCAGCUCUAACCGCACUAGGAGCACAAGUGCGGGACCUUCUUCCUCAAGUGGCUUAGCUUUCCUUCAGAGGUUCCGACGGAGAAAUGGGUACAACAUAUCAGACAACAGCGGUUUCACAGCUUCAGCUUCAGAUACAUUUAUCAGCACUUAAGAUAACUGAACCCAAGCUUGCUCCACAGAGCCUAUUUAUGUGUAUACAUUAUAUAUCUGCCAAAAAAAAGUAUUUUUAUAAUUGUUAUUGUUGUAUUAACAAAUGAAAAGUUCAUCAAGAUGUACAGGACAAAUCAAACCUAUGUCACAAGAACUUCAGAGAACUUCCAGGUGGAUAAUGGCAGUAGCUCUGCAUUGGUACAUCAGAAUUUCACACUAAUCUUGAAUUAUUUAACCAAGAAAUUGGGAAAAAAAACUGUGAACUUGUGAUGAAAUGUAUGUACCACUGAAUAUUCACACUUUGACCAGCUAGAUGCGCCUAAUGGCGAUAAUGUUGAUAUUAGUAAGUCUGUAAGCUACUAAAGUUGGCCAUUAUUCUUAAAUUAAUUUUUCCAUGUUGAAAACUUUGACUCUGAGUAUUUAAUUUUUUGGUUAAAUAAUCUGCAUUAGCCACACAUUUUGUUGUAGUGCUUAAUAAAGAAGCAUUGACAUGCAGUGUGUCCCAAUUCAGGGGCUGGAUCCUUCAAAGGACACGGUAUAUUAAGGUAUGUCCUUCAAAGGCUGCUUAGAUUCGUGAAAGCUGAACCAAAAUGAGACAGUCUGCUCUACAGCGGAUUUUCUGUUUGCGUCACAGCACCGCAGUCCCUGAAUUGGGACACAAUGAUUAUAAAGGUGUUUUUACACUGCACCUCCAGAACAUAUCUGACCCAGAGUGGAACCAAUGGAAUGUUUGAGUUCUAUUUCUUUUCUGCUGACGAGGUCACUGGAACCAUUCUAAUAACAGAUUAUUCUAAUAAUUCUAAUAAUGAUUUAAUUUUUUGAUGACCAUUUUAUGCCGUUCUAAAGUGUCUUCUAUGUGUUUCAUUUGGCUAAUUAGCUACCUUGCUUGCCAGUUAGCUUAACAAAUUGACUGACAUAAAACAAUAUACUGCACCAUUCUACAUACACACACACACACACAAAGUCUACAAUGUGUAAAUUUUUUUUUUGGUCAAAACAUGAGCCAAAACGCACUUUCUGGAGAGGCUAGCAUACAUCUAAAAACACUAGUUUUAGCGAACUUUUUAACAAAGUAAUUCUCAAAUUCUCAAUAUUGUAGUUGACACAUUCUGGUGUUCUUAUUGGUUAUUAGUGUUAAUGUUAUUUGGUGAAGGAUUCUUUUCUGGGAAAUCUUAUAUGUUAUAGCAGCUCUACUUGCUUUUGACAGAUUGAAAACCUAAAAAAUAAUCCACUGUAAACCUGGGUACAUUCAACAUUAAAGCCUCAGACAGAAGAUUUUUCAACUACUGCCAAUGUUUUGUCAGUUCUUUUUGUAGUUACUGUUACUAAGUUGAGCUGCUUCCACACUGUAUCCAGUCUUCCACCUGGAAGUAUAUUAAGUGUUUCAGUUUGAUUGAAUUCAGAAUGAUUUAUUCAGAAUUAAUGAGUCUGUGAUUUAAGACGUUAAUAAGUAUAUACACCCUUCUUAAUGUAUUUUAGUGGUCAUGUUGGGGUUUUUAUGUUAAAUUUUUUUGGAUGUUACACCAGUGACAUGAUUCAUGGUUUGAAAGCACUCUGCCUGAUUUACUACAAUAAUGGCAUGUGGGUUUUUUUUCUUCAGUCUAACAAUAUUGAAAUGGCAAUACCUAACAAAUGCUCUGUGGGGCGCUUGGCUCACAUCAUCUCACGUGUAAUAAGUAUUCAAUAUAACUAAUUUGCUUUAAAGAUGUAUUACCUGAUGAAAUUGCCAUUAAACAGUUAUUCAAUA